AUGGGGUUUAUGAGGGAAGUUAACAUUCAGGAACUGAAAUGUUCAAGUUUACAGUUCCUCAGGAUCUUCUCUUCUCAGCAGAUCCGUUUUUAUUUUAUCAAAGGUUAUACUUUAUUACUUCUUGCGGCAGAUGAUAUGUUGCAAGAACACCAUCUCAGACAUGUCGAAAAGGAUGUUUUGAUCCCUAAAAUAAUGAGAGAGAAGGCCAGAGAGAGAUGUUCUGAGCAAGUUCAAGAUUUUACCAAAUGUUGCAAGGAUUCUGGAAUCCUCAUGGUAGUAAAAUGCCGGAAAGAAAAUUCUGCAAUGAAAGACUGUCUAACUGCUUAUUACAAUGAUCCAGCCUUUUAUGAAGAGUGCAAAAUGGAAUACCUGAGAGAAAGGGAAGAAUUCAGAAAAACUGGAAUUCCUACUAAGAAAAGGCUACAAAAGCUUCCCACAAGCAUGUAG